AAAAAAAAACAUUCCAAAUGAUGGCAGACCACGGAGACCCUUGUGAUGGGUGGGAAGCCACCUUCUGCAUGAAUGGAGGGACAUGCUAUAAAAUACCUUCCAUGAACACACUCUCCUGUGUGUGCAAUGACAAUUACAAAGGCAGCAGAUGUGAGCAGCACCAGCUCUUCAGCAGUUCCACCAAUGCAGGGGAAGCAGGAUUAAUUGCAGCCGUGGUCAUUGUUGCCCUCCUCAUCUUAGUGAUCCUGGCAGUUGUUAUCUACUACAUACGCAAGAUGUUGAAAGCCAAGCAGCAGAGCCAACAGAACAAUCCACAAGAGUAUUGGAGAGUAAAACCAAGAGUAUGA